AUGGAGGAAGAAGUGCCUCAAGUUCAGGAUGUCCUAGCUGAGGCAAAACCACAUCUCAGACAGAAGGAUCCACAGUCAGGAUCUGGAGUGAUGUCACGAAAAUUAUGGCUUCGUCCUGUAGACUUACCUGAAGAGAAUUGUGUUGUACUUAUCACCUUUCCGAAAGGAACAGCUGAGGGAUUUGUGGAGUGGCUAAGGCGAGCUGUCAGGGAUGUGCAUCCUGAUUUGACCCUUCAACCAAAGCUCAUGGCAUCAGCAAAGUGCAUGUCUCUGAAAUGCUCUGCUCCUUUCACACUAAUGCUAAAGGGUGCUGAGGAGCUGUGUCUUCCAAAGAAACUGAAUGCUGAAUGUGGAGGAGGUCAGUGGGAGUUUGUCAUGAGUCAUUCACAUCUCUUUGAUGGUAUAGAGAAUCCUGAUACUUUCUUCACUUCAGAGGAGACAGGAAGCAUAGUCCGUCAUCUCUUGUACAGCGUCCAAGCCAGUGAGACUUCUCUGAAAGAUCCUCCUGAAUGCGUCUCAAGGCUUUCACUCUUUGUGGGAGAGCCUAUACUUGCUAAAUGUCUCUCAGAGGGACUAAUUGACCAGAUUUUUCCCCUGCAUGAAGGGAUAGCAUUGAAAGCCCUAUGCAAGAACUGGGUGAAAGCUUUUUUCCACCGUCAAAUACUGCACGAUGUGAAGGACUAUUUUGGGGUCAAGAUAGGAUUCUAUUUCAGAUGGCUAGGACUCUAUACAAUGUUCCUAUUGGGACCAUCAAUUGUUGGAACUAUCUUAUUGGUGAUCGGGAUGUGUGGCAAGGAAAAUAUGGUGGACAUGGCAUUUCUAUUCUAUGCACUAUUCAAUGUGAUCUGGACAACUGUCUUCCUGGAAACAUGGAAAAGAAAGUCAGCUGAACUGGCAUUCAAGUGGGGAACCCUGGACCAGCGUUCUGGCAGACUCUGCCAACCUCGUCCACAAUUCACAGGUGAAGUGAGGAGGAGUCCCAUAACUGGCCAAAAGGAAAGAUAUUACCCUGCUUGGAAAAGGAAUCUUAUCAGAUUUACUAUCACUGGACCUAUGAUUGUAGCAGCUCUUGCCCUUAGUAUUCUGACUAACUCUGCAAUUUGUAAAAUGGAAGAACAUGUUGGAUCCAUUGAAGGGACCUGGGGACAAUGGUUCCUGCACCAUCUCCCAAAAGUUGGGUUAGGGAUCCUCAUUCCUGUCUAUGAUGCCCUUUACUACUACCUAGCCGUAUGGCUCAAUGACUUUGAAAAUUACAGAACAGAGGAAAAGUAUGAGAAUCAUCUCAUCUUCAAGCUAGUAGUUUUUCAAUUUGUGAACUCCUUCUCUUCUUUGUUCUAUGUUGCUUUUUAUCAGCAAGACCUUGGGAGCCUUCAGGCACACCUGGCUGCCUUGCUUAUCACACGCCAAAUUGUGGAUAAUGUGAAAGAAUCAGCACUUCCAUAUUUCCUUGGGCAGUUUAAACUGUCAAGACUACACCUUAGCCUCAAAGCCUUAGGAUCACCGAGCCCAUCAAAAGAGAAAAAAAAUAUUCUUCAGGAAAAUGAAAGCAGGAUACAAGCUACAGGAACUGAGAAGUCUUCUGAGGAUGGAACAGCACAACCCAAUAAACCUCCAUCUGGCAAAGCCUUGAGUAAUGCAGAGCUGGAAAGCAGCAUGACACCAUAUCCAGGCACGUUUGACGACUAUUUGGAGAUGUUCAUCCAGUUUGGAUAUGUCACUCUCUUCUCAGCUGCAUUUCCUCUGGCUGGCCUCUGUGCUUUCCUCAACAAUAUUGUUGAAAUUCGAUCUGAUGCCUUCAAGCUGUGCUACAUCAUCCAGAGACCCUUUGGAGAGCGUGUUCGAAAUAUUGGCACAUGGCAGGAUUGCAUGGAACUUAUGGGUCUUGUUGCCAUAGUAGUGAAUGUGACUCUCAUAGGUCAAAUGGGCCCUCUUCAUCGUCUUGCCCCAUCUCUUUCUCAGCAUCAUGCAUUAUUGGCUGUUGUGGUUUUUGAGCAUCUGUUACUUGGAUUGAGAUGGUUCCUGGUCAGGGCAAUCCCAGAUGUCCCUUCCUGGGUGAAAGAUGAAAUGGCACGAUUAGAAUUCCACAGGAGAGAGGCAUUUAACCGUCAAUCAUUGUUAGAAGAAGAUAAAAUAUUAGUUUCCUCUAUCCCAGGGAAGCACCUUGGCAUCCAGAACCCUGACUCAGAAGACACUUCUUCCCUACCCCAUCCUUCAGGAAAAGGAAACAAUCUCAAUUAA